AUGGUCGCGCUCUCACGCUUCGCCCUUGUCUCCAGCCUCGGAUUCGCAGGCACCGCGGCGGUGCAGAUCUCGGAGCUGAAGGCGAGCGACGGCGGCAUGGGCGGUGGCGGCGGCGGUGGCCGCGGCCGCCAGACGCCAGAGGAGCUGGGCUUCUCCGACACAGGUGACUCCGACGACGCGCAGAGCUACGGCAAAUCGCAGUUCGGCGAGGAUUUCUGUUUGGACAUUGGCGCAAAGGGCUUCCCGAUCCCUACGCUCGCGAUGCUCAAGGCGGCCAACUGGGACCCAGCGACGUACUUUGCACAGCUGCAGGGGGCUGGCUACGCCGAGGAUGCUUUACAGAUGACCGGCCCUGACGCAGCCCUGCUGAAGUCGGACUGCAUGAAGGAGCGCGCCCAUGGAAGGACGAAGCACAUCUUUGUUGGCGAUUCCCAGAUGAUGUCCCUGCGCAACGCUUUCCACCGCCUCAACAAGUGCCCCGAGGUGUGGUGGUCGAACCACACCGAGCAGGACAUUUCUGACAUGAUUGGGACGGUGCGGAGGAACGAGAAGGCCGCGGGCAAGCUGAAGAGCAGGGCCCGCUUCUUCUCCCGCGCCGAGCAGACUCCGGAGACCAAGGAGCUGCCCAAGGGCUGCACGGAGGAGGGCGUUGCGUCCUUCAUCCAGUGGGACGGCUGGGUCAGCCACCAGCUGCCUGUGAAGGAGAUCAAGAAGGAGAUGGAGCAGGUCGGUGUGGAUCCUGCAGAGGGGGACAACGUUGUGGUUUGGGUCGGCUCGAACUUCCUCACAAAGAACCACAGGAUGGGCGCCCUGCUCCAAUCCAUCAACGCUCUCCACGAGCUGAAGGUCAAGAUGGUGUGGGACUCGCCUACCUUCCACGACGAGGCCAUCAUGGCCGCCACGACGACCCACAGCUCUGGAGUCGACGCUCGCACCAAAACGCCGAUCGUCUACAAUGACAUCGUUCAGCGGAAGAGGACCGGACGUAUGGGCUCGAACGAAUCCAGCU